AUGGAUCCUCAUUCCAUCAAACACCUUCUCGACGAAUCCGUCUCCGAGAUCGUCACUGGCUGGGGAUACACCGAAGACGUGCGUCUGAGAAACAUUAGAUUGCUUGUGGGAACGGUCAUCAUCACCAUUGCUCUCGUCGCGCAGUUCUACCGUAAGAAGUUCCCGGAAAACAAAGAUUUCCUCAUCGGUUGCAUCGCAUUGUAUCCUUCAAAACCUAAUUCUUGUUCAAAGCUUCCAGUUGUGAAAGCUCCCAUAGUUCAUGCUCUAGUUAAUGCUAUUGGAUUGAAAUUUACAAAAAGCAAGGCUAGGAGGGUGAUUGGCAUCAAUCAAGAAGAUGGUUGUAGUGUUCAGAUCAGGGAAAGAUUAAUUCAAGAGAUUCACAAAUUUUGGCUAACCUACACAUUGGAUGUCCAAGCCAACACAACUCUACAGAAUCUCCGUCGAAAUAAAUUUUCAGGGAAAAUCCCAUCUUCAAUUGGCAACAUCACUCGAUUGAGUAUUCUCCUCUUGGAUGGAAAUGAUUUCCAUGGAAGCAUACCAUCGAGUUUUGGAAAUUGGGGAUUUUUGGAACAAUUGUUCAUUCCUCAAAAUAAAUUCAAUGGUACCAUACUCAAACAAGUUGGCGCAGUUAAAAUCAACAUGUCUGGUAACUCAUUCACUGGGUCUCUCCUGCUGGAAGUUGAUAACUUGGAAAAUAUUAGGGAAAUGGACGCCUCAGAGAACAAACUAUCAGGUGAAAUUCCAGAUACGUUGGGAAAGUGUCAGAGCAUGGAGUUGCUUUAUAUUCAUGGCAACUUGUUUCAAGGAACCAUUCCAGAGUCUCUAAAGAAUUUAAAAGGUAUCAAAGAGCUUGAUUUUUUGCGCAAUAACUUGUCUGGGCAGAUUCCAAAGUAUUUCGAAGAAUUUCAUUUCUUACUGUAUUUGAAUUUGUUGUUUAAUAAUUUCGCGGGUGAAGUGCCCAAAAGGAGGAAUCUUUAG